UUUUAACAUGUCAGACUCCUAAAGUAAGACCUUCUAACAUUUCUGAAAUAACAUUUUUAAGUUUGCUCUUUUUGAGGUGCUGAAGGGAGUCAGGUAUAAGUGUGAGUGCACACAAUCCACACGAAACUCUUUUCAAAGAACACAAUAGCAGAACUAGUAGUGUUAGCAGAAAAAAAAAAAAAAAAAAGAAGCAAGCCACUCCUCUUCUCACUUACACAGGAAGCCCUGUGUGUGUGUGCUAAAAUCCCCAUUUCAUCCUGGAGACAGAUAGAGGCAGACAGCAAACGCAGGGCGACAACGAACUGAGAAAAUAACAGGAAAUUACAGACGCACAUGAAGUGUUUCUGAAACUUACUUGAGAAAACUGCUGGGAUUGGAGACGAUGGAGACGGAGAGAGCGAGAAAGGAGCCGACGCUUUCUGCUUUUCGAUGCUGAGACGACGUAAAAGUUUGAGGAGAGAGAGCUCGCACGUGGAAGGACCCGGGUUCCCUUACUCUUUAUUUGACGCCGCUGAUCAUGACUGGAUGGAAAAGGUGUAACCCCCACAGCCGCCCACAGAGAGGUGAAUCACAGCUGAUGAAAUCGUUGUUUCCAUCGGCAAGAUCUCUGGCCUGAAACGCUUCAACCCGAGACUAUCCUCUACUAACCCGAAAACCUGCAAACUAUCAGCGUUGGACACGAAGCUCCCCUGAAGUCGUCGUUCCUCUCGUCUGUGAAGCUGCUGAGAAGUUCCCGGGAAUACGGCUCGCUGCAUGGACUCCUUUCGCCACAACGGACGGCAUGGGAGCCCGGAUUGAACAUUCAUCAAACCAAAGGCAGCUUUUCUGAUACCAGCCUCCUGCAGACGUCCUCGUAUCUUUAAGAUGAAUAACAGCUCUGCUCCCCAGAGCAGCUGCCCUGGGGAAGUUACUCUGCACGAGUACCAGCACCACGUUUAUGCUGUGGUGUACAGCAUCAUCUUGGCACCCGGCUUGCUGGGUAACGUCCUUGCUCUGUGGGUGUUUAGGAUCUACGUACGGGAAACCAAGAGGGCUGUGAUAUUCAUGAUGAACCUCGCUGUGGCCGAUCUGCUUCAGGUGCUGUCGCUGCCUCUGCGGAUCUACUACUACUUGAACAACCACUGGCCCUUCGGUCACCCUCUCUGCUUGUUCAGCUUCUAUCUCAAGUACGUCAACAUGUACGCCUCCAUCUACUUCCUGGGGUGGAUCAGUGUGCGUCGCUGCCAGCUCACCGUGAACCCACUGAUGUACAAGACCAAGCAGAGAGGAGACAUUUUGAAAUGCGUAAUCGGCUGGCUGUUUGUCUGCGUGACCUGCAUAGCUUUCCCCAUGCUGAGGGAGAGUCCAAGGAACCCAGGGGAGUGUUUUUCAGAGCUGCCUACGAAAAAAAUCAACGUUUUAACAGCCUCAGUCCUGAUUACGUUUGCCGAACUGAUGGGCUUCAUCAUCCCCCUCAUCGUGGUGGUGUCCUGUUCAAUUUUGACAGUUUUAAGCCUCAAAGAGGUGACGACGGAGGGCGUUCAAGACUUUGGGGAGAAGCAGAGGGCACUGAAGAUGGUGCUGUGCUGCGCCGUAGUCUUCUUGCUGUGCUUUGCACCGUAUCACAUCACCCUGCCGCUGGACUUCCUGGUGAAAGCUGGCACUUUGAAGGACUGCGCCACCAGGAACACGAUUCAGAGGAGCCACAUCAUCACGCUCUGCCUCGCCAGCCUGAACUGCACCUUCGACCCGAUCAUGUACUACUUCACGAGCGACGAAUUCAGGAGGCGGCUAAGCAAGCCCGAAAUCCCGGACAAUUUUAAUUUGAGCAGACGGCUGUCCUGCUUAACCGCAAAGGAGGACGUAGAGCGAAACUAGGCCAUGGAGAGCCACACGUGCCACAAAUCGCUGCUUUUGCUACACGUCUGGCAAAAAAAAUUUCAAAAAAUGCCGGUUUAUGACUUAAGUCGCUGUAAAACACGGUGAAAAUCACAAACCGCUUGAUCGCUGUCACACGUAAAAAAGCACCAUUACAACAGUGUAGAAAAAGAGCCGCUUUGGCGGGAUUUCCAACGCAUUUUCCCAAGUCACAAACCGGCGUGUAUUUUUGUUUUUCAUUUUUUUAGCCAAAUGUGUAGUAAAAGUGCCGAUUUGUGUCCAUUCCGGGCUUCCGUAGAUGUCGCUGAGGAAGGCGGCGUCUUUACAACCACUAAUCCUCCAAAUAAAAUAUGAGCAUUCCUUUGGUGAAAAUAUAAGUUAUUUGUGAAUGUGAGAAACUAUACAUCAGAAAUGUGAAACCUAUUUAUAUGUAAUUAAAACAUGUUUUAGUUUUUA